AUCGUCACUCUCCUCCUCCUCUCCCGCUUCUGAGCCUCACCAUGAAGUCCCUCAUCCUCUGUGCAAUCCUUGGCGUCGUUGUGGCCGACCGCCUCAACGGAAAUGGUAACGGUUACGGAGCACCUCCUCCUCCCAGCAACGGAUAUGGUGUACCCACCAACGGAAACGGUAACGGCAACGGAAACGGUUACGGAGCACCUCCUCCUCCCAGCAACGGAUAUGGUGCACCCACCAACGGAUUCAACGGAAAUGGAAACGGAAACGGCAACGGUUACGGAGCACCUGCUCCUCCUAGCAACGGCUAUGCAGCUCCCAGGAACACCUAUGGCACGCCCAACGGCGCCUACGGAGUAGACCCUGAGAUUGCCGCUUUGGCCGAGAACAUUCCCGGGGGCGGCGUCCCCGGCGAGGACUACCCCAUCUUGGCUUCCGUGCCCGACACCGGGUUCUCGUGCGAUGCCCAGGCGGUGCAAGGUUAUUACGCCGACACUGCAGCUGAAGCCGGCUGCCAGGUGUUCCAUAUCUGCCAGGACCGCGCCCUCAGGCGCCAACAGGACUCGUUCCUGUGCCCCAACGGUACCAUCUUCAACCAGCAGUACCUGGUAUGUGACUGGUGGUUCAACGUGGACUGUUCUCAAGCUGAGAGCUUCUACUCCGUCAACGAACUCAUCGGAGUCGUUCCCGACGCCGGAUACGCCUAUGGACCCGCCACCAACGGCAACGGUAACGGCUAUGGCUCCAACGGCAACGGAAGGAACGGAAACGGCAAGAACGGAAGCAAUGGGUACGGCUCCAAUGGCAACGGAAGAAACGGAAACGGCAAGAACGGAAGCAAUGGAUACGGCUCCAACGGAAACGGAAGGAACGGAAAUGGAGGCAGCAACGGCAACGGCUACGGUGCCCCCCCUGCCCCAAGCAACGGCUACGGUGCCCCAGCUGCCCCAUCCAACUCCUAUGGAACUCCUUUCUAAGCUGAAUUUGAAGGAUCUCACAUUAGAAUAAUUACCUGUAUAUUUUUAUAGACAAAUGUUUACUCUAAGGUUAGGAAAAAAACACAAUUAUAUGAACAUGCAUACAUAUAUGUAUAUAUAUGUAUCUUGAUAUGUCUCUGAUUUUUAUAUAAUCAGUUUGUAUAUAUCUAUUUUUGGAAUAAAAUGAAGAUUAGC